CCAUGAGCAGCACUUCUUCCCGUAGAUCAAUGUUGAUUGUCGGAGAAGAGAUUGUGGGGAGAAGAUUUGACGUCGUACGGACACCGUGGCUGGUGCCCCACACCGUUCCCAAAGAUGUCGAGAGCGAAGAACGGCCGGGAUCGAGAAAGGCAUAUAAGCCGCCGUGCACCAUCAGCAGAGUUUGAAGGCAUCCAUAAGCUCGUCCACCCUCGUCUCACCUCAUCAACUUCUACGAUACCGCGGAGAAAAGUGCAAAGAUGUUCUUCAAGUUCUCCCUGCUCUGCGCCCUUGUGUCCGUCGCCGUCGGAUUGCCAACCUCGUCUAUUCCUCAAGGCGCCGACCCUGCCUUCCAGGUUCCUCAAGCGACCCUGGACGCCAGCAUCGUGUGCCCCAACCAACCUGGUGGCUCUUACAUCGGGGUGACCAAGCCCGUCCUCCUCCUCCCUGGCACUGGUACCUCGGGUUCAGUGUCUUGGGAUCACACCUAUGUUCCCUUGCUCACACAGCUUGGCUACCAGCCUUGCCACGUUUCGCCUCCCAACAACAUGCUUGAGGAUCUUCAGGACGGCGCCGAAUACGCCGUCAACGGUGUCCGCCGCCUCUACUCUCAAUCCAGGAAGCCAGUCCCGGUCAUGACCUGGUCCGCCGGCGGUCUCAUCGCCCAGUGGAGCUUGACCUUCUUCCCUCAGACGCGCGAAAAGGUCGACCGAGUCGUUGCCUUCGCCCCCGACUACCGCGGAACAAUUGAGGCUUAUCUCCUCACUUCGCUCCAGUACAUCAGCCCUAGCAUCUGGCAGCAGCAGACAUUCAGCCACUUUGUCACAACUCUUGCCAAUGCCGGUGGUUUCCAGACGAUCAAGCCCACCACGACGAUGUACUCGAUCACUGACGAGAUCGUUGAGCCAGAGACGCCUGAUGAGAUUGCCUCGGGCUACUUGCCGGGUGCCUCCAACAACCGCAUCCAGGACACCUGCGGUCCGCUUUUCCUCCUCGAGCACAGUCAGCAACUCUUCAACCAGGCCACUUACACCAUUGCCACGGCGGCCCUGAGCUCAAAGAGUGGUCAGGCACCUGACGGAAGCUUGACGACAGCCAAUUGCUCGGAGCUGCCUCCCGCUGGACUUACCCCUGCCGACGUCUUGUUCGACGUGACAAUUAUUCCUCAGGCAGGUGCCAACAUCAUCAUCGGACCCAAGACGACUUGCGAGCCAAAGAUUCGGUCGUACGCGGCCAAGUACGACAACCAGCCCAACUUGUGCUUCAACAACCUCACCCAAUCGCAGCAGUACGCAAACGCCAAGGGCUUCACGGCCCCCUUCACGACGCAGCAGCAGGUGGCCGACUACGUUGCUGGCUCGAGCAACGACACCGCGGCUAUCAAGAAGGCUGUUGGCGUUUCCUCGUGAUUGCCCGUCGCUUUUGGCGUCUCUCCCUAAUUCUGCGCCCUACAUUUACUUUCGAAUUCUGGGG